AUGUCUUACAUGUGGUAUCAGAGCCUGAUUCAAGAUCUAGAUUCUGUACUGUCUAUUUUACCAGAAUUAAAUCUGCUAUUAGGAGUUUCUGUUGAAAUUAGUCGCUUAUCUGUUCCCGUUUCUCUGCAUUCGCAUGCUUCAUCUGUACCACUGUUCAAUGGGCUCAAUUUCUCUGACUGGUGUGAACAAGUUCAGUUCAACUUAGGUGUUUUGGACUUGGACUUGGCACUUCAAGUUGAGAAACCUGCUGAUCUUACUGAUGAGAGCAGUGCUGAUGAAAGAUCUAUCCAUAAAACUUGGGAAAGGUCAAACAAAUUAAGCUUAAUGUUUAUGCGGAUGACCUUAGCAAAGAAUAUCAAGUCUACUAUCCCUAAAACUGAGAAUGCUAAGGAAUAUAUGAAGUUUGUGGAAGAACGUUCCCAAACAGCUGACAAAUCACUUGCUGGCACACUGAUGAGUACCUUAACCACCAUGAAAUUUGAUGGUUCUCGUACCAUGCAUGAGCACGUUACUGAAAUGAGUAACAUUGCAGCAAGACUUAAGACUCUUGGGAUGACUGUGGAUGAGAACUUCCUAGUACAGUUUAUCAUUAACUCUUUGCCUCCCGAGUACGGUCCAUUCCAUAUGAAUUAUAAUACCUUAAAGGACAAAUAG